UGCCCAUAAGUUGUAUCAAUGUAGUGUGAUUAUGUUUUCCACACAUUUUCGUAAGCAAAGCAGAAUAAGGUAGACGACUACACUAGUGAACCUUGACAAAAAAUUACCCUUGAGAAAAAAGAAAAAGUGGAAAUAAAUAACUUAUUCAUUUUUAUUCACAAGAAAAUGUGUUUUUAAACUCCCUGUAUAGAGUACGUCCUGGAUAUACUUUAUUUUCAGUAUGCGUCACUAAACGAUGGGCAUUCAGACAGGCUUUGCAGGUCAUUAUCAUUACACAGACACUGUGAAUCGCAGUCCUGUGCAGGGAGAAUAGAUGGCCAUUUCCGUACAGUGGGGCUCUCUUUGAAAUUCCACCCCUCCGUCUUUGUUGUGCUCAGCGAGGGGCGGGAAGACAAACAGGUCCACAUGUAUAAAGAGAUCAUCCCAGGGCUGUAGUGCGUCAGGAGACUUCCAAGCAUCGUGCCGAAACUCUCUGGAAACUUUGGAAUUCAGGAUUCAAGGCCGCUUUGGACUUUGUCACUCAAGUCAUUUUUCCAGAAAGAGAAAAAGGAUUUUUUUUUCUCCCUGUGUGUUUGCUACACAGCAGAAUUCAAGAGGAGAAUCAUGCAGAUUCCGUCAACGCAUUGCUUCAUGGCUGUGUACCUCACGCUGUUUGGAUACCUUGGGGACGUUUACGCGGGGACAGUUCCGAAGAACUCCAACGCCAUCAAAAACUUACCCGGUGCUUCGGGUAGCAAAGGCACCGACACUGUCAGUCCGAGUCCGCGUACCUCGCCCUCCGGUAGCAUGGGACACAAAUUAUCCGUUGACACCUUGCAGUCAGGCGUUUGCACAGAUGAUGAAGACUGCGGAGGUGAUGAAUUCUGCAACGACGCCCGAGGCGUCUGCCUGCCCUGCCGUAAGAGCCGAAAGCGCUGCGCACGGGAUUCCAUGUGUUGUGCAGGGAACCGCUGCAGUAAUGGUGUUUGUCAGCCAAAUGACACUGAUGGUACAGAUGCACCCAUCACCACUGGCUGGCACACACAUAACAGCACCAUGGAUCAUCAUACCAAGAGGCCUCCCUCUACCCACGGCCAUCAGCCCCAUGCUGUGAAAGGUCAAGAGGGGGAUACUUGCCUGAGAUCUGCAGACUGCUCUGAGGGUCUGUGCUGUGCCAGACACUUCUGGUCUCGCAUCUGUAAGCCGGUGCUGACGGAGGGACAGGUGUGUACGCGCCACCGCAGGAAAGGCAACCACGGCUUGGAGCUGUUCCAGCGCUGCGACUGUGGUGACGGUCUGGCCUGCAGACCAGAGAAAGGAGAGCGAGACCACAGUGUCAGCAGGACUGCAGCCCGGAACCUACACACCUGUCAGAGACGCUGACACAAACGCAUGGACACACACAGAGACAGAAAUACACGCUCACACACACAUACAGCACACACAUCCUGCAAACCUACAAAUCAGUCAUAGACACUGACAAACACUUUUCAGCCUUGCAUACACCAGAGAUGCUGACAUACACACACAGACACCAACACCUAAGACAUUCUUUCCUGCCAAAGUUGCUGACACAAACACAGCACCCGGAAGGAUAGACAUGAUUCCUGGGAAAAGUGAUACACCCAGAGGGAUGCAACAGUGCAAGAUGGACUGAUCUUAUUCCCCAUCAACAGAUAAGGAGUCGGAAGUUAGGAAGUGACAUUUCAGAGGUCUUGGCAUGAUCGAUUCAUGUCAUCGGUAAUGGCAGAGCUGUUUUGUUUCUCUUUUUAUGGAACUUCAAGCCUCAGUUAUUGCAGUAAAUUACUGUAUUGUAAAUAUUAUCCUGGAGGUGGCACUUAAUUGAACUAUUGAAUUCUGUCAACACCGGUAUUAUUAAGACAUGGUGUUGCAUGCAUUGUAAAUGUGUUAUAUAUAUUGUUUUAUAAGAAAAUGUUAUAUACAGAAAAUGUGAAUAUAUUAGUUUUAUUAAACGCUACUCUGAUAACCUUA